AUGGCGAAAAACAGAAAUGGAACUGGCCCAAAGGAACUGUUGGGCUCCCUUAAAGACUCCUUUGAAACCCUGAGCACUACUCGAUUUGUUGAGGCAUUGAUGUGUGAUCUGGGGGAUGGGGAUGGUCUCCUUCACUACUUGACUAGGUUUGAGGAUCCACAGAAGAUUCAUCAUCUAUUACUGUGGAAGAAGCUAAAAUGUUAUGAAAAUGCACAGGAGAACCAGGCAAGCCAGUCUGAAGAACGUAAUAUAGCCUGGCAGAUUUUUCAUUUGUUUCUGGCCACUUACACAGAAUGCAAUUCAGAGCUUAGUUCCAGUAUGCUAGAAUACAUCCAGCAUCUCGAGAGAAUACUUUCCACUGGCAGUGGAGACUUGACAUUUUCUGCUUUUGAACCCAUGAUUCAAUAUGUGCUGCCUAUUCUGGGUGGGGUGUGGAUCCGUUAUGUUCGCCAUGAAGUCACAACUUUCCUUGAAUACUGUGUACCACUGUCUCAUUUGGAUGUUGAAAGUACUGAAAGCAAAGACCAUAGAAGCAAGCAGGACAGAAAUGGGAGGAUAAAGAAGCAGAAACAAAACACCAAUGUUCGUGACUCAAAAGACAGAGGGUUACACAGGAAAAGGGAUAGAAAGGUGGUGGUUUCCAAAUCUCCCAGCACAAGCAGUACAGACCAGGGAAGUAGGGAAAGAUCACCAGUUCUUCAGGACUCACCCACCCCUCAAAAUGUGCCAGAUUUUCUUGGCAACCCGGUUAUCUUAAAUGUCUAUAAAAAGGCAGCUUGUAAAAUGCAAAAUAUAGAGCUUCAAAUGGUUUUAGGACUGCUACAGGAAGUGGAGGCUUGCUUGGAAGUCCCAGGGUGUGAAAAAUACCUGAAUUGUGCAGUCAAAUUUCUAGACAUCUGGGACAAGCUGGAGGCUUUGAGAUCCACUAUCCCCUUCCCCAAAGAACUGAAGAAAAGAAUAAAGGAAGAAGUGGCCCAGGGAGAAAUUACCAAUUUUAGCUGGAAUGAAAUCCGACUCUUAUUACAUUCCCUGGUUGUCCCUGCUUUUGAGCAGUUUUGGGAUGAGAUGAGUGAAGGGUUUAAGAAAUAUGGACUGGUGCCUUCUCAGAUUCCAAAGGAACGCUGGUGCAAGCUGGAACCAUUCCUACAUGUGAUAGCUGGAAAAGUAGCUCUUAGGCGUUUAAGGAACCGGGAAGCACAAGAUGCAUCAGCAGCCACAGCAAAACCUACAAGGGAAGAUAAAGAAUCUUUUUGGCAGUUGCUGAAAGAGGCUGCAGAAGGCUGGCCCACUGUGGAGAUGCUCCAUUUCCUUAAACACCUCCAGGUGCAUGGCACACCUGUGUUGGAGAGUGGUUUGCAUUUUCUACUGGAAGUGCAGAAAUUCAAAAAUGCUCAUCAUGCCUGGCCUGACAUGGCUCUUCUGAAGAAAAAGGUUCUUGUGAUACAUGACUGUUUCCUUGCUUCUCAGAUUGAGCCUCAGCUGCAGGUGGCAGUGGAUAAUAAGAGGCUGGGCAGAGCUAUCCGGGCAGCUGAGCAAGCCCUCCAGAAGGAGAUUCCACCCCCAAGUUUGUUUGACAGUCUGAAGGAUUCAGUCUCCAGCAUCCUAAUGCCAUACUGGGCUGCCUUUCAAAAACACUGGCUCAAGAGAUCUGUGGCAAGUGCACAAAGAGCCCCAGUGCUGAGAAAUCAGCUGCUCCUGCAGAAGAGACAGGCCAUGCUCAAUGAAUCACCACGGUCUCUUCAGCUUCCACCACUCCAGCAGCCCAAAGUAGACAAUGGAAGCAAGUCUCAGGAUGGUUUUAUAUACUCUUUCUCCAUCAGUGAAGGCGUUAUAGUACGGGUCUGUAUGCGGCAGUAUACUCAUUCCCCCUACAUAGAAUUCAGUAAUUUAGAAUCUGUGGUGAUGGUAGAGCUUUAA